UCAUGCGUACCCGCCUAUCUUGAGAUGGCAUCUUAAGUGUUAACGGAUAGAAACCCCUCUACAUGGCAAAUUGAUUUCAUUGACAAUAAUGUCACGGUCUUUUUACGUCGAUUCCCUGAUAGUAAAAGAUGCCCCAACCACUGCGGUAUCCAAAAGUGACUGUGUGCCAAACCACUCCCUAGGAAUGCCCUUACCGGUGGGGCACAGGCACCCCACCUCCACCGCACGUCUUCCACAAGUCUCUCAAAGCCUUCCCUGCUACCCGCGGCAUCCUCAAGACAUGUUAAGUUUCUGCUGCCCCCUCUGUGUCCACACUCCCCACCCGGUGGUUCCCGAGAGUGUGGCUUCCGUUCCUGGAAUGGUGCCUUCUUUUACAACGAGUUGUCCGACGACGCGGCCGAUGGUGGACUAUCCUUACCAUCGGAGCCAGAUAUCAGUUCUUACAACGACGACGAAGUCUAUUAAACGACCCAAGGACAGGGUGACAAGUCCCGGAUUACAGGAGCAAAGAAAACCUAAAGCUUCUCCUGCAGGGGUGAGUAGCUCUACCGAAGAUCUCAGCAGUAAAAGAAUCCGGACGGCGUUUACAAGUACCCAACUACUGGAGCUCGAGCGAGAAUUCAACUCCAAUAUGUACCUCUCUAGACUCCGACGGAUUGAAAUCGCCACGUACUUGAAUUUGUCAGAAAAACAAGUCAAAAUAUGGUUCCAGAACCGCCGUGUUAAGUUUAAGAAAGAAGGUCAUGACGAAACCAACGAAAAAUGUCGGUGUCUCCGAACGUGUGCUCCGAAACUGGACAAGCGCCGCUUAAACAAACAUUCUGAAGACUCUGAAACCACACAUACUCAUGACUGUGAUGUCACGGAAGAAGAUUUGGACUGUGAACUAUCCGAGGACUCGGAACUCAACAUCGACACUUAGGUUAGCUGGUUAAAGGAUGUGCAAUAAAAGCCUUAAAUUAUGUGUUCUCAAAACGGUGCAAUUUAACAUUUGUAGAGGGGGUGCAAUAUUUCAUUCAAUUACGUAUUAAAACUUGACUUACAUGUAAUUGUUGAUAUAUAUUUUUUUGUUAAACAAAAACGUUUGUAAAAUAUGAAAACGUAAAUAAUCUUCACAAAACUACUAAUUGCAAAAAGACCAAAUUGGUGAAACGCAUUCUACUCUGAUUAUGAAAUAGUAAAAAAAAAAUUAUUGAUGCAAAAUUUAUUCUUAAUGUUAAAACACUAAAUUAUGAAUCAAACUUAUUACAAAUAUUUGAUUGGCUUCGAUUGGCCAUAUGUGGAAUUCUAAAUUCUAAUCUGUCAACAUUAAUCAAAAGUUAAGAAUAAUCUCCGAAAAUACGACGUAAAGGCUUUUAUAUAUAUUCCAAUGCUGUAUGCCUUGGAGAUAUGAAGAUUUAUCAUUAAAAAAGAAAUAGCAAAAAUGUCAGAAAAAUUAGCAUAUCAUUUAAGUCAACUUCGAAUUAAUUUCCAUUGAAAAAAAGUUCAACGAACAAAACUGAAUUUUAUCUAUUUAAUU